AUGGAUGAGUACAGUAGUAUAUAUUCACAACCAAAGACACCGCAGUUGAAACAAGACGGAUUUCCUGGCUCUACUGAAGAUCAACAGGAAAAGAUAUUAACUAAUAAGAAUGGUGAAGAAAAUCAAAAAGCACCACCUGUUGAAGUAAUCACAGGAGAAUCUCAUAGUACACCCUUGACUGUGUCUAUUCCAACUUUUGAAAAUGUUCAAACAUUGCCUACACCGAUGACCUACACUCCGUUAUCUCCAGGAAAUCUGUCAAUGUCACCUAUAGACCAGUCUUUAUUGAAUGUUCCGAAAAGACGAAGUCAUGCACGGUUACUGGAUGAUAUGCUCUCCAUUGCACAACCAAAGCAAAGAGUUGUUUCAGAACUUGUCGCACCAGCGGAUCUCUCCCCUCAACGAAUUGUUUCCCUACCGACAGUCACUGAAGAGUCUUCAAUAAAUGAUUCUUUUGAUAGUGAUAACCACACGAGAGAAUCAUACUUGCCUGGAAGUAACGGUCUCGUCGAAAAAUAUGAUGAUGAUAUACUUCAGGGUUUCCUUUUAGACUGUUGGGAUCAGCCGUUCUUAUGGAAAAAGAUAAGACCCAUUGGAACAGGAAAUUUUAGUAAUGUGUUUCUAUAUGAAUUAGUGGAUCAGACUAAUCCUAAACUAAAACAGGUGGCUAUUAAGCGACUCAAAUAUCCCGAGGAAUUAUCAAAUGUCGAACAAAUUAACACUUCAUUACGAUAUAAAGAAACUUUGUCUCGUUUGGAAAAUUCCCUGACAAGAGAAUUGCAGGUGCUAAAAUCGCUAAGUCAUCCAUGUAUAGUCAAGCUACUUGGAAUUAACAAUCCGAUUUUUGUUACUAGCAAGAAACCUUUACGUGACUUAAUCAAGAAAACCCCAAGGGUUCUGCCGCCUUGUGAUAUGAUUAUGUCCUAUUGUCCAGCGGGAGACUUAUUAGCUGCCGUCAUAGCCCGUAAUGGUGGAUUAGAGCCGUGGCUAAUUCAGAGGAUUUUUGCAGAAUUAGUGCUAGCGGUAAAAUACUUACACGGAAAUAGUGUUAUCCAUCGCGACUUAAAGUUAGAGAAUGUAUUAUUGAAAUAUACUUUUGACGAUAUCAAUAACUUUAAGGACGCGCCCAUCUACUACAAGCAAAAUUUUAUUGAAUUAGCAGAUUUUGGUCUCUGCAAAGAGAUUGAUAACGAUGAGAUGUGUACAGCAAGAUGUGGAUCAGAGGACUACGUUUCCCCAGAAAUCCUUAUGGGAGUUCCGUACGAUGGUCAUUUGAGCGACACAUGGGCCUUAGGUGUUAUGCUCUAUAGUUUGUUUGAGGAUAGAUUACCAUUUGAUCCUCCUCCCAAUGCUUCAGCGAGACAACGUAGUAGAGCCACGUCACAUCGAAUUGCUAGAUUUGACUGGAGGUGGUAUCGAUUAAGUAGUGAUGAAAAUAAUGAAGGUAAGAAAAUUGUUGAGAACACGCUAACGAGAAAGAACCAACGUUGGUCGAUCAACGAAAUUUACGAAUCUCCAUUCGUUAAGACAAUCGUCGAUACCCUGGAGUUUUCCUGA